GUAUCCUGUGUAAGCGCAAUUGUGCAAAUCAUCGGAAAUCAUCGUGCGGGGGUGCUGCGGGCGGUUGCGUCGAGCCGCGAUAUUUCCCCCCCUCCGCUCGCCCUCGACUCCGACUCCGACUCCUCGCGAGUUCGCCCGCCGCCGCCGCCGCCGCCGCCGCCGAUCCCCCAUCCAUCCCGCGACCGAGCAGGGUUGCCUCCGCCGCGUCCCGGGGGGGUUGACCUACAUUGUUUGGCCAAGACAGCGAGUAAAAUCUAGAUGUAAAGUUUGCUGUGGGCUUGGGAAACUUGAAGAUGAUCAAAGAAUCUUCAUCUCCUGCAUUGGAUGCUGAUAAAAUAGAAGUUCCUUCACCAAAGGACGAAAACAAUUCCUCAAAUUCUGAAGCUGCUACAGAUAAUGAAGACUUUGAAAUUAGUGAUGAUGAUGACGAUGAUCGUAACCACAAGCACCGGAAGCGGGAGGCGAGACCUCAAUCUUUUGAUGAGAAUACUGAGCAAUCUCCAGGGGGUCCUCUGAAAAAAAGACACAAAAUUUCUGGUGGAGCUGAUUCACAUGGGGAAGCACAGAAAGAUUUCUUUCCGAAAUUUAAGAGGCGCCCUGGAGCAGGGGCUCAUAGUCGGGCACCUCGAGUUAAUCCAUCCUUUCGUGAUUCAUCAGCUUCUGUGGCUGCUCGCGCUCCUAUGACACGUGGAAGAGGAAGGAAUGGUGCACCCUGGGCUCAGCAUGAACCAAGAUUUAACACACUUGAGAUGAUUGACUUUGCAUCACAGAUGGCCUCUCAAGGACCACCAACUCAUCCUAGCUUAUUUAUGGGUCCUGCAUUGCCAAGUGGUGGUAGUGCACAAAAUGGUUCUUGGGGUCCAUAUGGAUUUAUGCCUGGAAUGCCUAAUGGAAUGCUGGAUCCAAUUCAUCCACUUGGAAUGCAAGGCCCUAUUCAGCCUGCAAUAUCUCCUUUAAUUGAUCUUGGCAUGCCUCGUCAACGUUGUAGAGACUUUGAGGAGCGUGGAUUUUGCUUGAGAGGGGAUAUGUGCCCCAUGGAGCACGGUCUGAAUAGAAUUGUUGUUGAAGACAUGCAGAGCCUGUCACAGUUCAAUCUUCCCGUCACAGUUCCAAAUACUCAAGGACUAGGAAUCCAAAAUGAACCAGGAACUGCUCCUGUCAACACAUCAAGCCUUGGAGGCAGUAAAGGUGUUCCUGCAAAAGACAUCAAAUCUGCUGUGACAAAUGAUGUACUGAAGCUAAAUGGAACCACUGCUUUAGCUGUUUCUGAUGCUGAUGUAUAUGAUCCUGAUCAGCCUCUCUGGAACAACGAACACCCUGAUGCAUCUGCUGGUUUUGCACAUACUGAUGGAGUAUGGAAUGCUGAAUCCUUGGGCUAUGAAGCAGCUCGGGAGCAGGGAAAUCAGGUUCUUGCAGCUGAUAGUUCACAGAACUCAAAAUCUUCUGUUUGGGGGCGAAUAGCAUCAAAAAAACUAGGGCAUGGCAAGACAGCUAAUGCUACUUCAACUAGCGCCACUGGAAACAAAAGAAAUGAAAGUUAUGAUGAAAUGGCUCCUAGCACUGUCCAUGUCAAUCCUGCUUCUGCUAAAGACAGUAAUGGUCAAUCCAAUUCGAGAAUAUUUGGAGAUGUGGGCCGGCAAAGUAACCGGGCUUCUCAUAAAGCAUCCCGGACACUUUAUGUAAAUGGUAUUCCUCUAGAAAGCAAUAGAUGGGAGGCCCUUCUUUCGCACUUCCAGAAAUUUGGGCAGGUGAUAGAUAUCUAUAUUCCAUCUAACAGUGAAAAAGCUUUCGUUCAAUUCUCUAAAAGAGAAGAGGCUGAAGCUGCCCUUAAAGCUCCAGACGCUGUAAUGGGCAACCGCUUUAUAAAGCUAUGGUGGGCCAAUAGAGAUAGGAUUCCUGAUGAGGUAGAGGGUAGAAUCCCAGCAAAAUCUUCCCAUAUGUCUGCUGCCCUGGCCAAUUCUGUCCCACAGCCAUCUUCUUCCAACCGAGGCAAGGAAAAUCUUCAAUCUGCAACUCCAAGAGCCAGUUCUGGAUCUUCUGCUGAAGCAUCAGGUCCUGGUACAGGCCAUAAAAUGCUUCCUGCAAAUAGUGUAAAAUCAUUACCUCCUGACACCAAAAGGCAAGAAAGUCUUGAGCUCUUGGAAGAACUUCGUAAAAAGCAGGAGAUCUUAGCUCAGAAGCGUGAUGAAUUCCGCCGGCAGUUAGAGAAACUGGCAAAGCAAAAGGGUUUAGCAAAUUCAGCCAAACAGGCAGAAGCUGGUGGAAAAGAAGUUGCUUCUAAUGAUGUACAUAGAGUUACUGAUUCGAAGUCCAUGAACACCGGGACAGAAGGGCCUCGAGAUGCUGCUGGUACACUGCAAAACAGAACUUCUGGAGAGCUGGCUUCAUCUUCCCACAAAUCAUCGGCAACAUCUGCACAGAAACCAGCUGUAGCUACUAAGCAGACAAGUCCUCUGUUAGUACCAUCACAGAAUAGGUUUAAGCUUGACAAUCGGACCACGUCAUUUCGAAUCCUUCCACCUUUGCCACCUGAAAUCGCAGAUGAAUCUGUCUUGAAAGAUCACUUCAUGUCAUUUGGGGAGCUUUCAUCUGUUGUUCUGGAAGACACUGAAGCGUACAACCAUGAUGCUACCUUAAAACCUUCUCUGAGUUGCUCAGCUUGUGUGACAUACACGACACGACAAUCUGCUGAGAAAGCAUUUAUUGGUGGCAAAUCUUGUAAAGGGCAUACACUAAGAUUUAUGUGGUUAACAGCCUCUCCUGGUUCGACUAACCAUUCUAGAUUCCAGAAAACCUCAAUUCCUGCCAGGGCCUCUAGUUUCUCCAGUCAAACUCAAAACAUGCCAUCUGAGUCUUCAACUACUGUAGGAAAAAUGUCAUCCACAGUCAAAUCCAGUACAACUGCAAAGCCUCACAGUGAAUCCAUGCCGACUGCCACAAGUGCGAAGACAUCUGUUGAAAUUCCCAAAGCUUUGUCUUCUAGAGAUUCUGAUGUUUCACAAUGAGGUUAAGGAUUGAAGAUUGGGUGGCCAUCUGAGCCCUGAGGCUUCAAAAUUUGGUGGCUUGUCUAUUACACAAACCUGCACCUCUUUCAGAUCCCCGGCGUAUUUAAGUUUUGGAAAAUACUGUUGAAAUUAUUGAUAGUUUAUUUUGUGGCGGCAUUGGGGCAAAACCCAUCCAAAGCCAAAAGGGUAAAGGGUAGUGUUAGGAUCUAAACUACGCCUGCUGGCAUUUUGGUAAAUCAUUGUCUGAUCUUCCUUGAGAGAAUGUAAUUGGUGUUGUAUACUUUCUUGAAUGGAAGUAGCAUCCUGCUGAAAGCGGUUCAUACUAUGUUGUUAGGUCUCUGUAUUUUGUAGCUCUCCCUUGCUGAAAGCAGCUCCAUGUGGAUUCCAUUUUGCUCUCACUGAAGCAGCAACCUUUUUUAUUUUUAAGUUUCUCAUGUAGGUUUCUUGUCCAAAGUUUCAAUUGAUAGGAAAACAUGACAUGUUCACGUA